CGCAAGCUGGAGGGUCGAGAUGUGUUUCCGGUUUUAGAUGGAGAUGCUGCAUCGAAAAUUACACUAGCAACGGAUGACGUGAGCAGGUUGGCGGUGAUCAAAGAGGCAGCCGUCAUUGGAGAGCAAGUAGAGAAGGAUGGAGGAGAGGAGGGAGCAGUCAAACCGGAUGAUGUUCUACGUGAGGCUGCAGUUGGCAAGGGUUUGGCUGGUGCUUUGAGGCUUCUUCAGGACAGGGGGACGCUUAAUGAGGGUGGUGAUAAAACCGUUGACAAGAAGAAAAGCAAGCCUGUUGGUAGUAUCAAGGAUGGACCAAAAGAGAUUCGCAUAGAGAGAAUUGAUGAGUUUGGUCGAGUGAUGACAAUGAAGGAGGCGUUUCGGGAGCUUUCACACAAAUUCCAUGGCAAGGGCCCGGGCAAAACGAAGCAGGAAAAACGGCAGAGGAAGUACCAGGAUGAGCUGAAAACCAAGCGGAUGAAAUCCUCCGACACACCCUUAAUGUCUGCGGAAAAAAUGAGAGAGGCUCAAGCUCGCAGCAAGACGCCAUACCUUGUUCUGAGAGGCAGCGCAAAAUCAACUCCAAGAGGAUAGACCAGUGGCUUCCCUACCGGUGCCGGGGAGUGCAGAAAGAGCUGUCUGACUCUGACCUGCUCUACUGUGGAGCGCUGAAAGGACACCCUCAG